AUGCCUCAGUUAACGAACGAGCGGACGUGUGAACAAGCCUUCCGUGGUGAGCGCCAGGCCCUCUCGAGUGCAAUACGCGCAGCGGCAUUCUCUUCUUUAAUUCUGGCGCCGGCAUCGCCACGAGAAGCGGUUCUGGAGCUGAGCCCUGGCCCAAAAGAAGGACCUAAGUGGAAGGACAAACUGGCGAAGGAGAGGAAGCGUAGCCGUUGCGUGCGGUUACGCGGCUCUCUACCUACUGGGGCCGCGAAGCGGUUUGGGGUAGGAGUAGGGGCUGGGGGGGGGGCUGUACCCUGCCUAGCCCCGCCCCGGCCGUCCCACCAUCCCUCCACCCCCGGCGGCGGCGUCUACUCGAUCGCUCGUUGUGUCCCUCCUUCUUUCCCCGGCAAAGCAAAGCCAGGCAUUGCAAAGCCGGGUCAGGAGCGCACGGUGCCAAGGGGCGCAAACAGCGGGGAAGUGCCGCUGGGGCAGGCGCUGAAAACCUCCUCUGGGCCGGGCCGGUGCGACUGCUGGGAGCCCCAGGGGGGGAUGGCGGACGGAGCCCCCGGUGUCCUCCUCUCGGGCUCGUCCCGGCCCGGGGCCCCCCGCACCCCGCAGAAAGAAGAAACUGCAGCUGCCGCCGCCGCUACAGAAACCCCUGGCGACCGUAGUCCGCUGCGCUCCGGUUCCGGCGGCUCCGCUUGCAGCAGCCGCGACAACUCGGCCGAGAGGGACCCCCCCGGCCUGGUGAGGACCGCCCCCGCCACCGGCAUCAUGAAGGAUGGGUCCCGCCAGCUUCAUGAUCUGUACCACAGUCAGCUCCUCGUCUUGUUUUCACAGAAAAAUGCUCUGGUCUCCUUCAAAGAAUUGUGUGGCCUGACGCCAGCAGCCAACAUCAAGCAGUGCAUCUUAAAGCUGGCCACGUGGCUACAGCCCAGCGAGAAGGAGAACUCCCCAGCUGUCACCCUCAACCUGGGCGAGGAAUACCCCUCCAUGGAGGCCCAGGGGCCUGUGCCAGAGCUCCUGCGGAAAGUGCUUGCUGCCUACGAUGCCAUGAUCCAGACAAGCCGGACACUAAUUGAGUCAGCUGAUGCUGUUCAUGCCAAGAUUAUUCAGGUGCAACAAGCAGGGAUGGGGUUUCAUAAGGAGCUGCAUCGCUUGGAGGCAAAGGAAGGCUUGAAAGGGCGGAAGCUGCAGAAAGCUCUCGAGAGUUUUGCCUGGAACAUCACCGUCCUCAAGGGUCAGGCCGACCUGCUCAAACACUCUAAGGCGGAAGCGCUCGACACGCUGUGGCAGAUCCACAAUGCCGCCCAGUCCUGUGGCAUUGGGCGGAAUGGAGCCGCCUCUCCCGACGCCUUCCAUGGCCGAGCUGUCCUUGAUCCCAUUCCAGAAACCGAAGGAGGCAGCGACACGGGAUCUUGCUGACUCGGAAUGGUCAAGACCAAGGGGAAGGGAGCAGACUCAUGGACACACAGACUUUGAGGAAAUGUGGCAGAUUUUUAUUUUAUUUUUAAAAAACAGAAACGAAGCACAGUGUUGUCGCCAGCAAUAGAAGUGAUUGAGAGUGUGCCGGUCAACUUCCAAGUAUCUACGUAUGUAACAACCAGCACGCCCCUAUGAGAAAGAAGGCGGCCACUCCAGACAGCAGAUUAUGGACGGCAGUAACAGGCAGAUUUUACCUAUGGGGCACAACCUGUGAGAAAAUUCUCCUUCACUAGCCCCAUUGAAACAAAUAGGUCAUGGAGUUGGGGGGAGACUUCCAUUCAAUUCACUGAGGCUCUAGUGACAAGCUAGCAUCAGUAGAUUCCGACCAGCAAGCAAGUCUGACCCAAAAGCUUUAGUAGGAGAUUGUUAGCAGAUCAGCUGACCUGCUGUGGGCUAUUGGUGUAAGUAGGUGGUUUUUCCACAGGCCUCCUGCAGUCAGGGUUGGCCUGAGGCAUUUUGCUGCCCGAGGGGGCUAGCAAAUAGCACCUGCUGCCCAAGUCAGGGUGUGCAGUACCCAAAGCCAGUGAAGUGUGUGUGUUUUUGGCACCCAAUGCAGAAAAUCCCACAUGAGUCCCUCCAUUCCCCAGCAGUAAAAAUACAAUAAUAAUAAAUUAAAUAGCAGACAUUCUAACACCUGAAAUCAGCUUGAGGUGGCUGUCUCACUCUGCUUAAUGAUAGGGCCAGCCCUGCUUCAGUUUUCUCCUUUUAGGCCAAAUCCGUACUAUACAUUUAAAGCACUAUGAUACCAUUUAAUAAUCAUGACUUCCCUCAAAGAUUCUAGGGAACUGUAGUUUGUUAAGGGUGUGGAAAGUUGUUAGGAGACUGCUAUUCUCCUCACAGAGCUACAAUUCCUGGAGUGGUUUAACAGUCAGUCCCCCUUCCCAGGGAACUGGGAAUUGUGGAUCUAUGAGGGGAAUAGGGGUCUCCUAAUAACUUUCAGCAUGCUUUUAACAACUACAGUUCCCAGGAUUCUUUGAGGGAAGCCAUGACUGUAAAGUGGUACAGUGCUGCUUCAAAUGCAUAGUGUGGAUAUGGCCUUAGAUAGAAAUGGGUGGCACCACAGAGGCUUAUUACUUGCCUGACAUUUUUCAAAGUUCUUAUUCAAGAAUGUCUAGAAACACAAAUUCUAAGAGGUUUGUACAGGAUAACCUCUGAGUGGGUUGUGCCCCACAUUGAUGAGGGAAAAAGGGGGUGUCAUUUGGAUUUUCUUGGGCCUGGCCUUCACAGCAGCCUCUCUUUCUCCACCCUAGAACUUAAGACACUAGCAGGGGAAACACCAAGCUGGAAUUGUGAGCACAGAAAUACCAAUAAUUGAGUGGCUCACAACUGAAAAGCAAGCUUGUAGCUGUGGAAUACUGGAAGAAGUUCCCUCGGGCUCUCAGACGGAGGCAUUUAAGCAGAGACUAGGCAUCUCAUCUGUCAGGGAUGCUGUGCUUGCAAGAUUCCUGGAUUAGGAGAAGGGGUUGAACUAGACUACCUCCAGCAUACCUCCUUCCAACUCUUAUCAUUAUAUGAUGGUAUUAUCUGUUGGGCAUCUUCCUCAGGGUUAGGGUGGCAGUGAAGGAGGGAGAGGCUAAAGGGAGAGGUCUCGGUAUACCUUGUUUUCUCCACCACCCCCACCCCAAAUGCUAUCAAGCUCCUAGUUAGAGCUGAAAUGAAUGUGAGGGACAGGUCUCACAUUAGAGUUUGGGUUGUAAAAAAUUAAAACGGUUGUAUCUAGCUAAGUCAUACUCACAGCAGUAUCAAUAGACUUCAGUUAGUCGUGCCAGUUGAUUUUGGUAGGUCUACUCUGAUAUGGCUGGAUACACCCCAGAUUUUAUAUUGUUACAGGAUAUUUUCAUUGGUUCCCAAUUAUGGAAUAUAGUUGGAUUCAGGGUUGUGAGGUUUGUUGGUUUGUUUGCUUGUUGGCAAAAAGCAAACCGGGCUGUAAUAUUUAAAAGUCAACAAGAAGUUAAUGUGACCUUGAAAAAUUAUGCAGAAACCUUGAGGCUUAGGCUUUAAGAAGGUAUCCCUCAUAAUCACAUUUACAGAUGUUGAUAUCUGAAAUUUCAAAUAACAAACAUUUUGCAGAGUUCACAAAUCUCUGUGCAAAGAUGUGUUCUGAUUCCUUACAUUGAUUUCUAUCUCAUUUUUCCUUGUUUUUUUGGGGGGGGGCACCUGGGAAGGCAAGCUGUUGAUUCUGUGGCUGGCCCCUGCUCCUCUCCUGCCAAACCUGGAAGGCUUGCUCUAGAAUUGAGAAGGAUGGUUUCUGUUGACAAUAAAACCAGAGCUUCUCUUUUA